UUGCAAGUUCCAUUUUCACUUGUGCUGGGAUCCUGAUUUGGCUUUUCGGCUUCAAAAUAAAGAUUUCCUGGCACAAAUGCCUCAGUUUUUGGGAAUCAAAAGCUGAAGAUCACCGGAAAAUUGAAGCAUUUCUGAGUAACCAUGGGUCAUAUGCUCCAAAGAGAUACAACUAUUCAGAGGUCAAAAAGAUAACCAGUUGCUUCAAAAACAAACUUGGUCAAGGAGGAUUUGGUAUUGUAUACGGAGGAAGUUUGGAUAAUGGGAGUCAAGUGGCAGUGAAGGUCCUGAAUGAACUAAAUGGCAGUGGUGAGGAAUUCAUAUACGAGAGCUCUUUUGCGUCCCUCAAAACAAAAUCCCACAAGGCUCACAAUGUUGACAUGUGAUGUCCUGCUAAUACUUGCCACCUCGUUAAUGAAUUCAUGCCGAACGGAUCACUUGAAAAGUUUAUCUACGAAGAAAGAUCCAAAAAUGUUCGCCAAUUGGGUUGGCCAAUAUUGUACAAAAUUGCACUAGGCAUAGCUCGAGGAUUGGAGUACUUGCAUCGUGGUUGUACCACUCGGAUUUUGCAUUUUGAUAUAAAACCUCAUAAUAUCCUGCUUGAUGAAGAUUUUUUUCCUAAGAUCUCCGACUUUGGUCUUGCCAAACUUUGCGUGAAAAAGGAGAGCAUUGUGUCAAUGUUAGGUGCACGAGGAACCAUCGGUUAUAUAGCUCCAGAAAUGGGAGGUGUCUCUCACAAGUCUGACGUCUAUGGCUACGGAAUGAUGGUCUAGGAGAUGGUUGGAGGAAGAAAAAAUGCUGACGCUGGAGCUGAUUGCACGUGUGAGAUCUACUUUCCACAUUGGCUCUAUCGACGAAUUGAACUAGACGAAGAGCUUCAACUAACUGGGAUAAUGAACGAAGAGGAGAAGGAAUACGCAAAAAAGAUGGUGAUGGUGAGUUUAUGCCGCAUACAAACUGAUCCCUCAAAUCGACCAUCGAUGACUAAGGUUGUGGAGAUGUUAGAAGGAAACCUAGACUCCAUGCAAAUUCCUCCCAAGCCUUACCUAUAUUCUUCUUCAAGAACCGAGGUAGAUUCAUCGGCAGUGGAACUGGCCUAGUCUUUAUUUGUUGUUAUGUCAGUUGUUAUUUUGUUGUGAACUUUCAGCAAAAGCUGGUAUUGUUGCCUCUAUCUUCGUCGACUACUGAAUUUAUUACUCGCUCUGUACCAUUUUCUAAGACACACUUUCCUUUUUAA